GAAAGAAAAGAACACAGUUUCUACUUUCUAGUACUUGUGAAGUACACUAAAAUGACUAAAUUAUGCAAUUUUGGGAUUUUAAUAACCUUGUGUAUUAUUCUAGGAAUUAUUGCAGGAUCUGUUCAUGCUCAACUGAAGAUGAAUUUUUAUGCCCAGACUUGCCCAAAAGCAGAGAAACUGGUUGAAGAAUAUGUGAAGAAGCACAUCCCAAAUGCUCCAUCCUUAGCAGCAGCCAUGCUCAGAUUGCAUUUCCAUGAUUGCUUUGUCAGGGGAUGUGAUGCAUCUGUUCUUCUGAACUUCACUUCAGCCACAAAAAACCAGACUGAAAAGACGGCAUCCCCGAAUCUGACACUGAGAGGCUUUGGAUUCAUUGAUGGGAUAAAGAGGAUAGUGGAGAAAGAGUGUCCUGGAAUUGUUUCUUGUGCUGAUAUUCUUGCCUUGGCUGCCAGAGAUUCUGUUCUGGUAAUUGGGGGUCCUUACUGGAAUGUUCCGACUGGCCGGAGAGAUGGCCGAAUAUCCAACGCCACAGAAUCUCUCUAUAAUCUCCCUCCUCCGUUUGGUAACUUCACUGUUCUACAGACCCAAUUUGCCAACAAUGGGCUAGACCUCAAGGACCUGGUCUUACUCUCCGGUGCGCACACAAUUGGCAUAUCUCACUGUUCAUCUUUCUCCGAUCGUCUAUACAAAUUUAACGGGAUUUACGGCGCCCAAGAUCCAUCCCUAGACAGCGAGUAUGCAACGGUUCUCAAGGAGAGAAAGUGCAAGUGGAUUAACGACACCGAAAUCAUUGCAGAAAUGGAUCCUGGGAGUUUCAGAACAUUCGACCUUAGCUACUACAAACUGGUGCUAAAGAGAAGGGGGCUUUUCCAGUCCGAUGCAGCCUUGUUAACCAACCCGACAUCAAAAUCGUUCGUCAACAAGCUAGCUCAGGGAUCACUUCAAAGUUUCUAUGCUAAGUUUGCAAGAUCGAUGGAGAAACUUGGGAGGAUUCAGGUGAAAACAGGGUCAGAUGGUGAGAUCAGGAAGCAUUGUGCAAUUGUAAAUUAACAGGUGAAUUGAAGAAUCCUGGAUUUUUGAUUUGUCACAUGUUUUCAAUAAUGUCGUGUCGUCUGGGAUAUAUGUUAAGGAUAAGGAGAUUGUAUAAAUAACCUCAUCCUCAGUACGAAAGUGCUUCACCAUUGUUUUCUAUAUAUUUUGCUACUUUGACGUAUGUAAUAAUAUUAUUGCAAAAAUUUGUAUGAGACCGUUUCAUUAGUCUUUGUCUACAAUUGGGUGAGAUGCUCAAUGAGUCAAUAAUAAAGGUAUACUUUGUAUAA